AAUGAAAUUGAAAAUGAAAGAUAAAAAAUAAAAAAUCAAAGUUAUCUUGAGCGGCAACUAAAACCUCGCAACUGAGGGUUUGGUGACAGCAGUAGCACGGAGCCAAGCUCUCCAAUGGCACUAUCCACUUCUCUUUUCUCUUCCUCUCUUUCUUCUUCUCUUCAUUCAUCUUCGCUUCUAUGUUUUCCGAAAACCCUCUCCCCUUCCUUCACGUCUACGCUAGGCAAUUCAACCCUUCACGCCAAUUUCGUCGUUCGCUCCUCUUAUUCCCAAAUGGGCUCUUCCCCUGACCCAAUCGAAUUCAGGAAGCCCAUUCCGUCCAGGGCUCACUUGGAGCUCUCGAUGAAUGAAAAUAACAAGCCAUCGUAUAAAUGGCGAAGGGUUUUGCUCAAAGUCAGCGGAGAAGCACUUGCAGGAGAUAAUUCUCAGAACAUUGACCCAAAGAUAACCAUGGCCAUUGCAAGGGAAGUGGCAGCAGUAACUCGCCUUGGCAUUGAGGUUGCACUAGUAGUUGGUGGAGGUAACAUCUUCCGUGGAUCGGCCUGGGCUGGAAGUAGUGGACUAGACCGCUCGUCUGCUGAUUAUAUUGGGAUGUUGGCCACUGUCAUGAAUGCUAUAUUUCUUCAAGCAACAAUGGAGAGUAUUGGCAUUCCUACUCGGGUGCAGACUGCAUUUCGUAUGUCUGAGGUUGCAGAACCAUAUAUACGCAGAAGGGCUGUGAGGCAUUUGGAAAAAGGAAGGGUUGUUAUUUUUGCUGCCGGAACUGGAAAUCCAUUUUUUACCACAGACACUGCUGCAGCACUCCGAUGUGCAGAGAUUAAUGCAGAGGUUGUACUCAAAGCAACAAACGUUGACGGAGUUUAUGACGACGACCCAAAGCGUAAUCCACAAGCACGUCUUCAUGACACACUAACAUAUCAAGAGGUAACUUCAAGAGAUCUGUCAGUGAUGGACAUGACUGCCAUAACUUUAUGCCAGGAAAAUAAUAUUCCAGUUGUUGUCUUCAAUUUAAAUAAACCUGGCAACAUUGAGAAAGCUAUUAAAGGCGAGCGAGUUGGCACUUUGAUUGGGGCAAACUGGAAUUCUACCGUAUACGAACAUGAAAAUAUAUGAAGUCUAAUUACCAAUUGAUUCUUUCUCGUGUGAUUCCUAUACAACCUUCCUGGUGAGGAUGCCAAAAAUGUCAGGUGCAUUAUUAGGUUUUGAUGGAUUUUUGAAGGGUGCUGUUGAGUCAAAUUUGUAAAUAUAACACUUUAAAUUAUUAUUUGACGUGUCUCUCCAGGCUUGGCAUUAUUUUUACUUUGCCAUCUUGUGGUUUAAGCAAAAUAUAUUCGACUCCUGAACUUCGCUCUGUUUA